UCACUGAGGUAGCCAAAUAGGUUCUGAUCACGCCUUUCUCCUCCUCCAUGCUUACACUGGUACUACUGUAGUACAUGCAAGAAGAAGACGAUGUCACUAGCAGCUUUAGGUUUGUGCCUACAUCUAGCUUCAUUCAGAGACUAGAGGCAAAGAAGAGAUACGCAUUCGACAACUCGUAGGACUAGCUAGGUGGUGUCUUCUUCUCCACAUUCCAUUCCAUGAGCUUGGGAGUGUAACCUUCCAAGGAGAGAGCGAUAGAGAGAUAGUUGUGUGUUUGUGUGCCAAGCUAGCUCUAGGCUUAUUGAUUCUUGGGCCAUUGAUCGAUGGAUGCCAUGCAAGGAGAGCAAGGUAAUGGUGGCACGAGCCCUAGGCAGAGCUCGUGCAUUGUGAAGGGCCCCAUCAUCGUCGGCGCCGGCCCGUCAGGCCUCGCCGUGGCGGCCACCCUUCGCCGGCACGCGGUGCCCUUCACCAUCCUCGAGCGCUCCGACGGCAUCGCCGACCUCUGGACGAACCGCACCUACGGCCGCCUCCGCCUGCACCUCCCCAAGGUCUUCUGCGAGCUUCCCCACGUCCGCUUCCCGCCGGAGUUCCCCACCUACCCGAGCAAGCGCGAGUUCCUCCGCUACCUCCACUCCUACACCGCGCACUUCUCCAUCUCCCCGCUGUUCGGCCGCACGGUGACGCGGGCGCGGUUCGACGAGGCGACGUCGCUGUGGCAUGUGACCGCGGCGGCGGACGGCGGCGAGGUGACGGAGUACGUGUCCAAGUGGCUGGUGGUGGCCAGCGGGGAGAACGCGGAGGUGGUGGUGCCCAAGGUGAAGGGGAGGGAGCGGUUCGCCGGGGAGGUGCUGCACUCCAGCGAGUACAAGAGCGGGGAGAGGUUCAAGGGCAAGAGGGUGCUGGUGGUGGGAUGUGGCAACUCCGGCAUGGAGAUGUGCUUGGACCUGUGCGAGCAUGGUGCCAUCCCUUUCAUGUCAGUACGGAGUGGGGUGCACGUUUUACCAAGGGAGAUGCUUGGAUCCUCAACCUUCGGCAUAGCCAUGAAGCUGCUGCGAUGGCUGCCGGUAAAGCUGGUGGACAUGUUCCUCCUCCUGGUUGCAAAGAUGAUUCUUGGGGACACCGAGAAGUACGGGCUGAAGAGGCCCAAGCUGGGGCCUUUGGAGAGUAAGGAGGUGACCGGGAAGAGCCCUGUUCUGGACGUGGGGGCAUGGUCCUUGAUCAAAUCCGGAAACAUCAAGGUGGUGGCAGAAGUGGAGUCAUUGGGCUGCAACGGGGCGAGGUUCGUGGACGGCAACGAGAUGGCCUUCGAUGCCGUCAUCUUCGCCACCGGCUACAGGAGCAACGUCCCGUCAUGGCUCCAGAACGACGGGUUCUUCACGGAGGACGGCAAGCCCAAGGCCAGGUGCCCCAGCAACUGGAGAGGCCCCAACGGGCUGUACUGCGUCGGGUUCUCCGGCCGGGGCCUGCUCGGCGCGGGCGCGGACGCGCUGCGUGCUGCCGCCGACAUCGCCGGGAGUUGGCAGGAGGAGGAGAUGGUGGCAGCUGGAGCUGGAGUUGGAGCGGCCACGAUCUCCCCAGUGUGAUCCAUCGACCCACAGGGCAGGGCGGUGGUGUUGCAGGCACCCCUGUGAGCUAUGCAUGUAGCUGGCCUGGAGGGAGACUGGUGCCACCGGCCGCGCGGCUGAUGGCGCUGUUCACUGCAGUGGCAGACUCAUACUGUAUGUAUAUGGGAGAGAGGGAGAGUAAGAGGAGGUGUGUGUGAGUGUGUAUGUGCAGUGGCCAUGGCCUGGAGCAGGGCUGGACUGUGACAAAAUUUUGAAUAGGAAAAAGUCUGCCACUAGUGUUUUUGUC